AUGGACCGCAAAGUUGCCAAUGAGAAGAAAGCCCGCGACGGUCCCAUCAUUGAGUGGCCAAAGACGCCUGGAGAACUUCCAAAGAUGAGUAAUAUUCAGUGGUCAGACAUGAAGAAGUCUACCGAAAGCGACAAGAAUGCGUCCAAGGCGGGGGACAAGGUUGACGAGCUUCUAAAAUGGCGCGUCGAGAUCGACCACAGCAUUUCCGAGAUCAACUGGAAACUCGACUUGCUCCUAGCCGAGACCCGAAAGUCUCGCGACCUAGAGAACCAAGAGACGCCCAUGGGCACGAAGCUCGGAAACGCCUGCUCGAGACUUGACAGCCAUCACGACACCAUCCAGGGCAUUGGUCAGAGUCUCGCAGCGACCACCAGCCAGGUCCAUCACUUGACGAAUGAGAUUCGCUUGCUCAAGGACGAGAAGGAGGUGACGGUAACUUUCAAGUCUGGUCGCCAGUGA